AUGGACCAGGAAAAGCAACGGCUCCAACUACUCGCCACUGCUAUUGCCACCCAGGGUUUCUCAGGCGGCGGCUUUCUAACCCUACAACAACUCUCCAACCUCUCGACCUCAUCAUUAUUACCUCAAGCUCAACCUCAAAUUGAUCUCGCUCAACAAUGGGCGGCUGCACAACAAACUUCACAAUGGAUCGAUCAGGCCAAGAUGGCGGCGGCCAUGUACGGUAUGCUGGGGCAAGCCGGGUUGAGUGGGAUGAAGCCGAUGGAACUACCCGGUGGUGCCGACUAUGCCCGAGCUCUGGCGGCAGCAGCUCAAACAACCCAGAAUCCAGCAAUGUUCCCCACCACCGCUGCCACAGCAACUGAUGUUAUCCGAAAAACCAGCGUUGCGAAUUCGUUCAUAAAUGUCGACAGCGUGGACUCGCCGGCGGGUCCGAGCUCGGCUAACCCGGAUUCGGUACGGUCGGUCGGGACGCCGAUUGAUUUGGAGCGGCCGAUGAGCACGAUACACGGGUCAUCUGGAACGGGUUCUUCUGGUGACGUAAAAUCAGAGGUUCCGACAAGUCCACUAAAGCAGCCGGGAACGAGUAAAAGCUCGCCGGAUGGCCAACUCCCAUCAACAUCAGCCGCUUUUCCCUUGGAAUUAAAAAGUGAGCUUACAGCCGCCUCGCUGGACGAUGGCUCAAGCGCUUCUACACCGGGAGAAUGGAGUAAUUUCGAUCUGCGAGACAUCAACGAUCUUGUCAACGCAUCUAUAGCGGAUCAGACAAACAUCCAGGAUACUGACUGGGAAUCGUUACUGGUCCAGCCGCUUUUGGCCAAACCCCUCGAAGCCAAAGAAACCCACAAAGAAGCCGAUUUCACUGAAAACUUCAACGGCCUAAUUGAUGAUGGAGCGCUCAGCCCGGUUCAGUUCACCCCACCUGACUCCCCACUACGAGACGAUCCGGAUGUUCCGGCCUCUGGACUAUCCCUGUACACACCCGUCGCCAGCCAGAUCGGCAUGAUGGUCCAGCAAAUGGAAGCCAAAAAUACGAUGAAGGGCAAGGCGAGCACGAACUCGAUGCUCAAGCUCGAGAAGCUGAAGCAGUUGCAACAGCUCGUGGAGGAGAAAGCGGCCCAACAGAUCAGAGAUUCGCAACCUUCCACUUCAGCCGCUGCUCCAUUACUACCGGCUUUAAGCCUAGAUAGUGCAGCUCCAAGGCUGGAGCUGAAUCCAAAACCGAAGCUCACAGCCCCAAAAACCGUGCAACCGCUCUCAACACCUUCCGCUUCAACAUCAAACCCUCCAAAUCCGCUCCUAACCCUCAACCUCCCCACCCCAGCCUUGGCUCCACCAGCAAAAUCCUCGAUCUCCCCGAAAAUCAACGGGACCAAGAAGGAAACUAGUCCAUAUGAGAACUUCUUCAAGCAACCGAUAUUGCGAAAAGAAUUUUACAAGAAGCGGGAUAGUCAGAAGAAGGCUCCAAGUAUCUUUGUCAGCAAGAAGAAUAAGGCACCAGUGUAUAAACAGAAGGCAAAUAUAUUUGGGAAUCGAUUCGAGGAGGAGAAGAAGCCAGAUCCUUUCAAAGACGAUGAAUAUUCAUUUACGGAUGAUGAGGAUGCGUUGGGGACGUUGAUAGAGAAUACGAAAAAGGAGCAUCAGCAGAAGGUGGAGGCUGAGGUGCAAAAACGAGCCAGUCAAACAGCGGCUUUUCCCGGGAAAAACGUUUACGUGCCUGGCGUCGGUUUUGCCGUACCAAAGGAGCAGACAACAGCCGAUCUCUGGAGUCACGUUGUUCCGAAGAAGCGAUUUGGAGUUGAUGGAACGAGAACUGGAAUUCCGCCAGCCGCCUUGUUACCUUCAAAUACGACAAUUGAGGCGAUAACUGCUGCUGUCAAAGCCCCGCCAAUCAUCCUCAGCCUCUCGGAAACAAUUAAACGUCGAAAAGAAGCCCGGAAGAAGUCGAACAACUUCUGCCAAGUUGAAGUCGUCGCAGAUGAGACUGAAUGUCCACAGGAAAAUGGCAUCAUCGCUGUAGUAGACCCAUCGGAUACAAAGCCGGACGCUAUCCCCAAGCUCCGGAUCUCCAGAAAAAUCUUGGAACGAUUUGCCGAUGGCCAGGGCUCCGACCUAGAAAACGAAGAACCAGGCCGAAAACGACACCACCACAAGCACCACCGGAAGAAGAAGAAGCAUAAAUAUGACAAAUACGAUAGAUAUGAUAAUGAGUGGAAUGAGGGGUAUAGAAGAUCGGAGAGGAGGAGCUCGAGGUUGUAUACCGAGCCUGAGCCUGAGCCCCAACACCACCCGAUUAUUAUCAUCAAGCCCCCAGUGCCUCCGGAUGCAAAUGCUGAACAGAAAAAGGAACCGCUUGUUUUGCAUAUGACGCUGAGUAAAAAGGCGAUAUUUAUGCAACAAUGGCAGGAACAAGAAAAUGCACAAAAGAAAGCGCAAGAAGAACAAGCUCGGAUAGAAGAAGAACAAAAAGCGCCCAAAGUAAUAAAUGGGGAAGAUAUCUGCCUGUCGCCACGUACGAAACAAGCGAUGAAUCAGGAAGUGAAGAAGAGGCUAGGCUGUUUUGGAUCGGCUGAAGGGUAUCUACCGAAAGGAACGUUUGUCGUCUACAAAAAGGACAUCCACCGCGAUGAUUGCGCGCUCUGGAGGGUCGAUAACCAGACGAUGCUCCAGAAAUACAUUCCUCGAAUUGACCCUGAAACUCGGAACGUUACUUACCGUAAUAGUAGUACGUACUCUGGCUGGUGUGAACAAAUUGCUGCCGACUACGCGACUGUCCAGGUCAACUACAUCAAGCAGACCAGAUCGGAACAGAUCAUCGAGCCGGUGUACCCGUUGAGUGAAUUGUUCCCGGCGAUAGCUUCGGAGAUGCCACCGGAAGUCGUAGAAACUGAACAAGUCGAAGCCGACGGCCCGGAACUUGAUGCUUCUUUCCUAAUCCGUGACCCAUCCCAUAUGCUACUGCUUAAUUACAUCUCAGCAAUGUUCCAGCAUGUCCUCUCGUUGCAAUACUUUCAAGAAGCACAGGAAAAAGAAGACUGGACCGUCCUCAAGCCAAUGAUUGAAGUCGUCAAGAAAAACCUGGGCUGUAUGGAAAAGCUGCGAAAAGUGACACAUUGGAAUGACCGGAUGGAGAGCUGUUUGGAGCGAUAUACCAAUAUCACCUUCCGGGAGCCAGACUAUAAUGAAUCGCUUUGCCAGGCCUGUGAAAAACAUCCAAUCACGACUGUCGAGCAGUUCUUCGACUUUACAAAUUACGAUAAAGAGACGCUACAACCAGCAAAGCAGAAGAAAUCGGAAAUAGAAAAUCCUCCCCCGCCGGCUACGGAAAUCUACGUUUGUGAGAAGUGCAAAGCGGCCAGUCAGCUAUACCAUAAAUGCACGCACAUGCGGUAUUUCCUGUUUCUGAAGUGCGAGGAAAAGCUGGAAAUUCUUGGCAACAAAUUUCCCGACGUCCUCCCGGAGAAGAUUGUCGAAAAGGCCAAGGUUUCUAGUCGAUGGCUUGCUAAGAUCAUCGAAGAAUAUUCAACCCUGUGGGCCCACAUCACGCGUAACGAGUUC